GAGGUCAUCCAGAUCGUCAGAGCCACCUGCAGACGACUGGUCAAAGCGCGGCUAAAUGAUUGCCACAGAAGACUCAAACGCUACAAAAACAAGACACAACAACUUCACGACAAACUGAAACAACUGAUACUUACUGAAUUACUUGACAUUUUCACGACUAUUGCCGACAAACGAGACAACAAAGCGACUGAACGUGCCCGUACUGGGCAUCAACAGAAACUGACAGGACUUCUACGCAACAAAGAACAGAGACGAAGUAAACCGGACGACAACUGGGUAAGGAACAUCUCUUCCCGUCCCUUAGACAGGAAUGAAACUCGCAUACUGUCAUACGGACAGAAACACUCAGUUACACCGAAACGGAUACCAACCAAGGCCAUUGUACCUAGUGUUGAAGCGGCUUUAUCUCGGCAACGAGAGCUAUCUGAGUCUACUAAGGGUAACAUCAGAAGUAGAAUUGCUUCCACUAUACAAUCAGCGUUACAACAUGGCAGCAACUCGACUAAAGACGAACAACAUGCCCUUAAACGACGAGGACAUAGUUAUUCUACCAGCCGACAAAGGACGAGUUACUGUUGUCGUGGACAAGACUGA